AAAACUUUCAUUAAAGCUAGUGCCUACCGUUUCUGUUGCACUAGAAUUAAUCAGAAGUAACUCCACAGAAAGCAGUAGAGUUGCAAUUGGUAUAAUUACAGGAUAAGCUUGGCUCAGAACUUUCUCUUCUAAGGUACAACAAACUGUUGAAAGCAGCUGGGCUUUUAUACGGGGAAGUAAAUGCAAGGUGAACAAACACUUGAGAAAAAAGAAUACAGUCCCUUGUGACUAGGAUAACACCUGCCUUUCUGGUGGCAUUCUCACCUCCCAAAGAAGAGGUGUCCAGGGCUAUCUGGAGCUAAAAGAUGGGACCGAUCUCUUUUCCAGACGAAUUCAGAUGUUCUCAAUCUGUUUAUUCACUUGAGACUAUUGUGAAUAUCUUCUGCUUGGCCCAAAGAGCAUACAUUUUGGGAAGAGUACAGUUUUAGAAAGGAAAGUUAUAAAUAAUAAUAAUAAUAAUAAUCAGAUUGUAAGAGAAAGCAGAUAAUGGGCAUAAAGGAAAGAAGGAAGAAAGCAAGCUUAGAUUUUUACAAAGGUUAUCCAAAAAACAGUCGCUUUAGGCUGCAUAUUGCAGGCUUUUUACCAAGCUCUGUUCUUUCCCUUCGAACUCUUAAUGCGUACCUAUGAGGAGCUCAGUAUUUUUCACCGGUUGACAAAAAUAUAAAUAUUCAGCCCCAAAUACAUUUAGCCUGGCUCGUCUGUAUUGCAAACAAAAACUCCAAUAUUAUUUUUCCAAGUUUCUUCCUUGGAUGGUUUGUUACAAAGCAUCAAGAAUCUUUUUUUUCCGUGCUGUUUUUUUGUCAUUAUUCUGGGGAAAAAUUAGACUUUGGGCAAUGGUUAUUACCAGAAUUCUCACAGAUGUACAUCUCUCACCUUUCUAAAACUUUCCAAGAUCCUCAUUUAGAAAAUGUGUAGUUCUCUGGUUCUUAAUUUUCUAAAGACUGUGACACUGCUGUCAGCACCUCAUGCUCGUACGUAAUCAGAAUCAACCCCCAGGACUGCGGGAGAGGGUGGUAAACGCGGAACUAGCAAAGUGAAUACACCGUUUUGCAUUAACACGCUCGGGACUUCUGUCCACGCUGAAGCCUGAGCAUUUUUGCCCCGAAACAAGGACUACAUUUCACGAUUUAAACUGAAGCUUCUAUAAAACGUGGGGAAACUCCUUGCAAGAGAAUAACAGGGGUGGAUAUAACACUCCUAGGAAAGGGUCUGCAAACGCGUGCCAUGCGAUCUGAGCGGGCAUAAGCAAAGGUGGAAAUACGCGCUUCUUUGAAGGCAGAGAUUAUGUCAGCAGCGGGCAGGCGGGGAACGCUACGUGAGACCGAGGUUUGAGGAGAUGAUUACUGGGACCGUCACGAGCAUCUCUUUAAACUUUUCUUCAGCGAAUUCCAGAACACUUUCGGGAAACGCGCGGAGCCACCCAGCACUCCCGGGGAAGCCGGCAGCACAGCUGUAGCGCUACGCCGCCAGCCGAGCCCCGCUGUCCUCCCCGGGGUGCCUUUCUCGAGAGCCCCGUAACCACCCCCGGGAGGCCCACCCGGGGUGCACCCAGGGGGAGGCGGGGCCGGGCGCGGGCGGCGGAGCCCCGCGCCAAGGGAGCCGGGGGCGGCGGAGCGCCGGGUCCCGCCCGACUCCUACCUGGUAGGCGUCGGGGAUGUUGACGGUCUCUCCGUGCUCCGCCACGUAGCCGAUGAUGCCCUUGCCCCAGGGCACCUGCACCUCGCUGCUGUUCUCGGUGGAGCCGCAGGGCAGCAGCGGGGUGCCGGCGUGCACGUCGAAGAACUUGGAGACCAGGCUCUUCUUGCCGGCGGCCGCCCCCUCCACGAGGAACAGCGAGCCCCGGUCGGCGUCCACCAUGAGGCAGACGAAGAUGAGGAUCUUGUAGCUGAGGCUGGUGAGGUCCAGGUCGUUGGAGAUGUCCUUGACCAGCUCCAGGAAGAACUGCCGCUCGUUAUGCUCCUUGAGGUAGCGCUUGUAGUCCAGGGCCGGGGGCGGGUACUGGGGCAGGCUGACGCGGGACUCCAGCAGGGCGCUGAGGAUGUGCGCGGUGGUGGGGGGCAAGGAGCUGGCCUUCCGCAGCAGCGCCCGCCGCCGUACGCUGCUCAGCGGCUCCUGCGCCCGGGCGUGCACGUGCUCGUCGUAGGUGAGGUUGACGUGGAUGGCCUUGGAGCGGGCGAAGCUCUUCCGCAGCUCCUUCUGGGACGCCCUCCGCUGCAGCCCCCCGGCUCCGGGCCCGCUCGCGCCGCCCCAGCCGCCGCCGACCCGCCGCUCCUCCGACGGUCCUCCGGCGGGCGCCUUGGGAAGCGAGUUUCUCCUCUUCAGCCACCUCUCCACCAGCUCGGGGUGCCUGUCCAGGAAACUUUCCACCGCCGCCACGUCGAGGCCGCCGUCGGCCGCCAUGGUAUUCUUUCCGCUGCCCGCCUCCCGCUCCUCUUCUGCUCCUCGGUCCCGGGCUGCCGCCGAGCCUCUGGAGAUGCUCGGGCAAACCCCUCCCGCCCGGCGCUGUCAGCGCUGGCGGCGGCGGCUGCGUAACCCAGGCGGCGGCCCACUGAGCGAGG